AGAUGGCAACAGGUUCGAAAGAACAAUUGACCAAUCAGAGUGAAUUCAUCUGAUCGAAUAUUUAAAAUGUUCUUCUGAUCUGAAAUUCAGAUUCUGAAUUCUUUUUGCUCGUUAAUUUGGUGUAGUUUCUUUAUUUUGAUAUUUUUCGUGACUCAACCAACGAUGGUCGAUUUAUCUUUGGUUGAUCCUGCUUGGGAAAUGAUGGACCCUAAUCCGAAUAUAUGGUCUUUAUUUGCUGAAUUUGACAAAAGGUUUUUCAAUGGAAAACUGACUUCAAGUUUCGUUGAGCUUAUGUGGUCUACCGGUCGUAUGACUUCAACUGCUGGGCUUUGCUGUUGGAAUCCACGGACUAAUUUUGCUACAAUUAAAUUGUCACAACCUUUACUUCAACUUAGAUCAAGAGCUGAUCUUGUGGAGACUUUACUUCAUGAGAUGAUUCAUGCCUUUUUAUUUGUGACACGACAAGAUGAUAAUCAUGAAUCUCAUGGUCCCAAAUUUCAUAUUCAUAUGUUCAGGAUUAAUAAAGAAGCUGGUACCAAUAUUACUGUUUAUCAUACUUUUCACGAUGAAGUAAGACAUUACCAGCAACAUAUUUGGCGUUGUGAUGGACCCUGUGCUGGUAAAGCGCCUUAUUAUGGUUAUGUCCGUCGCGCCAAUAACAGGAAACCUGGUUCAUAUGACUACUGGUGGACUACACAUCAAGCUAAUUGUGGUGGAACUUUUAACAAAAUAGCUGAACCAGAUAAGACUGCUAAACCAAAACAGAAUAAUAAAGGAAAAACGGUAGCUAACAAUUUACAAAAUAACAAACGUAUCGACGAUUUCUUCAAAAUUUCUUCUUCACCAAGUACAAGUGCCAAGACAAUUGCCUCAAGUUCAACAAUAACUCCAUCUAAAGCUGCUCCAAUCUCCAAAAGCAGCCCAAUCAGACAAGGUGAUAUAAGAAAUUACAUAUCACCCGUAAAGAAUGAACAAAAUUUUCCAGGUAAUGGUUAUCGUCUUGGUUCUUCUCUUGAAUCUAACCCAGUUAAAAAAUUGAAACUCGAAGAUAUUGGAUCAGAUGAAGUUUCAAGUAGCCAGGAUAUAAAACUUUCACAACCAGUUCAACCUUUUUUACCAGAUUUAAUUCCUCAAAUUUUAAAUAGCCAAACAGAUGAUGAUGAUGAUUCAUUUACAUAUGAUCUACCUGAUAUUGAAAUAGAUGAUUCUAUCAUCAUUGAAGCUGUUAAAGAAGACCAAUUAAAUGGUCAAAGCUCCCAAAAAUCAACUACGCCAGAACAAUUAAAUUUACCCACUGUUUCUAAAACUAACGGCUCUCAAAAAAGAAAGACUGAUAAAGACGAAGACGAAGAAGAUGUAUUCACCUAUGAAUUACCAAAUUUUACACCUUUUCUUGGAACUGGAUUCAGAUUAGGCUCGUCAAACUCAACUAAACCAAACAACAACAACAAUCAAUCACUCAAGAGAGGAACAAUUAACAAACCUCAGAUAAUCAAUCUUGAUUAAAUUUUACCAAAACAACAAAACAAACAAAAUCUCCAAAAAUCGAAACCUGUCACAUUAUUUUUGAUAAGAAAUCUUUUUUAAAAAAAUCGAUAUUACUAUUUAUUGUUGAAAUUAAUUCCAUAUGGAAAGAAAAUAUGUAUUUUAUUAUAACCAAAUUUAUAAAUUGUCUCAAUAACAUUGAGUAAACUCAGUUUACCAUGAGAAGAUAA